CUCGAGUCGAUUGUCACUAAUAGGCGGUUGCACAGUCGCACCCUGGAUCGUCGUCCCACUCAGGUAGCCCAUUGGAAGCCUAAAAGAUAUCAGUCUCGUAUAUUGCCAUGGGAAAUCCGACGCACCAAAGGUCUGCUCGAGCUUGGUGUCGAUAGAGUCGUUGGCAAUGUAUCCAUACCCAUUCUUGUUCUUGUUGUUGCUGAUCUGGAGCGAACCGACAAUGUUCAAGACGGUAUCAGCGCCGCAUGGCGAUUGGACGGUGGCAGUCAAGUCGAAUUGGUCACGGUAGCUAUCCCAUUUCAUCAGUACAAGUUGGCCUUGGAAGUAGUACAACGAUUGUUGGACGGCAGUGACAUUGGUGUCGAAACAACAUCACACAUAACCAAGAAAACCCACAUAGUCGACGGUGGCGAGACCGAAACUGAAACCACCUGGGAUGCGCACUCCGAGGGUGACUUGGCAGCUCUUGCGGUUUUCCGAAAUAGCAAUAUCGGGUCCAGUCAUCGCGUAAAAGUUACUGAACGUGACAGUGACGGCAGUCCUGUCGGCUAG